AAGUAGAAGUACUCAGAUCUUGUGCUUGAGUAAAAGUAGGAGGGAGGGAAUGUGAAAGUGAAAGUCAGAAGUCUGACACCAUUUUACAGCUGGACGAAGAGGAGCACAGACUGGAGAAGAUGAGUGGUUUAAAAGAUGAUGAAGAGGACAGAUCUCCAGUCCCCAGCUCUCUGUCUCUGAAGAGUCACCGGUCUAAAGGCAGACCUAUAAACUUCUGUAGUGGACCCGGACCCUCAGACACAAAACGGAGAGCAGAGUCUCCAGUCCCCAGCGCUCUGUCUCUGAAGAGUGACGGGUCUAAAGAAUUCAAUCCUCCAAACUUCAGUGAUGAACCUGGACCCUCAGACACAGAAAGGAAGAGGACGAGUCCUGCCAGUCAGACCAGAACUGCACCAGCAGAUGGUCUGCAGGAGGUUCUGGAGGAGCAUAGGACCAGUCUGAGGAGGAGAUGUGAACGUGUGACUGAAGGAACUGAUGGAAGGGAAACCCUCCUCAACAGCAUCUACACUGAGCUCUACAUCACACAAGGACGGAGUGACGAGGUUAAUACCCAACAUGAGGUGAGGCAGCUGGAGACAGCUUCCAAGAAGGAGACCCUCCAUGACGCUCCAAUCAAGUGCCAGGACAUCUUUAAAGCCUUACCUGACCAGCAGACCCACAUCAGAGCGGUCCUGACCAUCGGCAUCGCUGGAGUUGGAAAAACCUUCUCAGUGCAGAAGUUCACUCUGGACUGGGCCGAGGGUUUGGAGAACCAAGACGUCAGUCUGGUGAUCCCGCUCUCCUUCAGGGAGCUGAACCUGAUCAAAGCUCAGCAGUACAGUCUUCUCAGGCUGCUCCAUGUUUUCCAUCCAGCCUUACAGAAGGUCUCAGCAGAGCAGCUGGCUGUCUGUAAAGUGCUGUUCAUCUUUGACGGCCUGGAUGAAAGCAGACUCUCUCUGGAGUUCAGAAACAGUGAGGUUGUGUCUGAUGUCUCACAGCAGUCCUCAGUCAAGGGGCUGCUGACAAACCUCAUCAGGGGGAAGCUGCUUCCCUCGUCUCUCGUCUGGAUCACUUCCAGACCUGCAGCGGCCAAUCAGAUCCCUCCUGAGUGUGUGGACAGGGUGACAGAAGUACGAGGCUUCACUGACGCCCAGAAGGAGGAGUACUUCAGGAGGAGAUCCAGAGAUGAAGAACUGUCCAGCAGAAUCAUCUCUCACAUCAAGAGCUCCAGGAGCCUCCACAUCAUGUGUCAGAUCCCAGUCUUCUGCUGGAUCACUGCUGCAGUUCUGGACCACAUGUUGACUACAGACCAGAGAGGAGAGCUGCCCAAGACCCUCACUGACAUGUACUCACACUUCCUGCUGGUCCUGACAAAGAGGAAGAAGCAGAAGUACCAUGAGGGACAUGAGACGAGUCCACAGCAGCUGACGGAGGCUGACAGGGAGGUUCUUCUGAAGCUGGGGAGGCUGGCGUUUGAACAUCUGGAGAAAGGAGACAUCAUGUUCUACCAAGAAGACCUGCAGCGCUGUGGUCUUGAUGUCACAGAGGCCUUGGUGCAGUCAGGAGUCUGUACAGAGAUCUUCAAAAGAGAGAGUGUGAUCUUCCAGAAAACAGUCUACUGCUUUGUUCAUCUGAGCGUCCAGGAGUUCCUGGCUGCAGUCUACAUGCUGCACUGCUACACCAACACAGUGGUACUGAAGGACUUCCUGCAGGGAGACAACAGCAGGGAUCAGGAUUACCCAUCUCUGGAUGUCUUCCUGAUGGGAGCCAUGGAGAAAUCCCUCAGAAGUGAAAAUGGCCACCUGGACCUGUUUGUCCGCUUUCUCCACGGCCUCUCUCUGGAGUCCAACCAGAGACUCUUAGGAGGUCUGCUGGGUCGCACAGACAACCGUCCAGAAGUCAUCCAGAGAGCCAUCAGAAACCUGAAGAAGAUGAGAAGUAAUGAUAUCUCUCCUGACAGGAGCAUCAACAUCUUCCACUGUCUGACAGAGAUGAAGGACCACUCAGUACAUCAGGAGGUCACAGAGUUCCUGAAGUCAGGGAACAGAUCAGAGAAGAAGCUCUCUGAGAUCCACUGCUCAGCUCUGGCCUACAUGCUGCAGAUGUCAGAGGAGGUUCUGGAUGAGAUGGACCUCAAGAAGUACAAAACAUCAUAUGAGGGGAAACUGAGACUGAUUCCAGCUGUGAGGAACUGCAGGAAGGCUGUACUUACUUCCUGUGGUCUCUCAGAGACUCACUGUGAGGUCGUGGCCUCAGCUCUGAAGUCUGACCCCUCCCAUCUGAGAGAUCUGGACCUGAGUUACAACGAUCUGCAGGAUUCAGGAGUGGAGCUGCUGAGUUCUGGACUAAAGAGUCCAAACUGCAGACUGGAGGCUCUCAGACUGGAGUUAUGCAGUCUGUCAGAGAUCAGCUGUGCUGCUCUGCUCUCAGCUCUGAAGUCCAACCCCUCCCAUCUGAGAGAUCUGGACCUGAGUUACAACACUCUGCAGGAUUCAGGAGUGGAGCUGCUGAGAGAUCUUCUGGAGAGUCCUCUCUGCAGACUGCAGACUCUCAGACUGAGGUACUGCAGUCUGUCAGAGAUCAGCUGUGCUGCUCUGCUCUCAGCUCUGAAGUCCAACCCCUCCCAUCUGAGAGAUCUGGGCCUGAGUUACAACACUCUGCAGGAUUCAGGAGUGGAGCUGCUGACAGAUCUUCUGGAGAGUCCUCUCUGCAGACUGCAGACUCUCAGACUGAAGGACUGCAGUCUGUCAGAGAUCAGCCGUGCUGCUCUGGCCUCAGCUCUGAAGUCCAACCGCUCCCAUCUGAGAGAUCUGGACCUGCGUUACAACACUCUGCAGGAUUCAGGAGUGGAGCUGCUGACAGAUCUUCUGGAGAGUCCACACUGCAGACUGCAGACUCUCAGGAUCAGAGAUAACGAGACGAUCACAGCCAAGAUCCAGAAGAGCUGUGACUCCAGAACAGGAAGUGAAGACACACAGAAAGGCUCCAGUGUUCUUCUCACCUGAACACACAGCUGGAUCUUCAUGCAGGUCCCGCCCCAUCCCUGCUUUUGGCUCCUGGUUUUUGGUCUGAAUUCUGGAUUUCUCUCGUCUGCCUUCCUGUGGUUCGCCACCUGAUUGUCUGAUUGAAUUCACCUGCUACCCCUGUGAUUCCUGUGUUCUUCAAUUCUUCUUAGUUGUCGUUUUUAUUUUUUUUGCUCCUUUUUUUUUGUUGAUGGUGGCUCUAGGUUUGUUUGGAACAGCUUUUUGUUUAUGCUUUUACACCCCAUCUCUUUACUCUGCUAUAUGGUCCUUAUUACCUCCUCCUCCUGACACAGCCAUGUUGACUCAGGAGAGGAAGAGCUCCUGCUCCUGCUCCAGCUGCCUCCUCUCCACAGGGGCGUCUUUCCUUCAGGACUUUAGAGAGGAAGUGCUGCCUGUUUAGCACCUUAGUGUCCCGCUGACAGCUGCACUGUUUAUGUUAGGAUGUGGAGGCCGAGCACCAAUCCUUAGCCCCUAGUGUUUGAAGAGGUACUCAGAUCCUCAUAUAUACUCAAUAGUAUUAUCUUUAUAUACUCUUUCUAUCUGUAGCUUUAACAACAAGUUAAAGUAUUCCUCCAGAAAAGUUGAAUUACAAAAGUAUUAUCAGGUAAAUGUACUUCAGGUAUCAAAAGUAAAAGUACUCAUUAUGCAGAAUGGAUCUUUUUAUAGUAUUACAUUAUUAUGGUUAUCAUUGAUGUGGCCAGGGAAAGAGAAGUUUGGGGCUCUCUGCUGGAGGUGUUGCCUACGCCACCCCGACGGAAAAGCGGGAGAAGAUGGAUGGAUAUCAUUUUAUCCUGUUUUUAAUAGCAAUUUGUUUGUCAUUGUGGAGCUACUUAAGGUACUUACAAUACUGCCUAGAAUAGUAGUACAGUACUGCAUUAUACCACAUCAUGUGUUGUUAUUAUGCAAAGUCACUGGGAGUGUAAAAACUAUCAUCAAAUAGAAAUACUCAAGUACACAUAUGUCAAAAAAGUGCUCAAGAGAGUAAAGGACUGAAGAGACGAACUCAAGGGUUUCACAUUUGAUAAAUAGUGUUUAUUCUGUUGUAGAAAAGCUCAAUAAAUACACAGUUCUAUAUACAAUGAAAAUAACAUAAAUAUAUUUUGUUCAAAAUAACAAAAAGGAGUUUUCGUCCAUAAAUUAAAUGUUCUUCGAGGUCAUUGUUGCAAUGAGAUAAAGUUGAGUGGAUUGGCGUCCAUGUUUUCUCUCAGCAGUGUCCGGAGAACGCUGCGUUCUGAAGAUGCCAGUACUGUUCGCUGGUGAAGCAAGGUCCGUUUGAAACCUGAGGACAGAAGAGAAGGAAGUCUGUUAGGGACUUAUUCAACUUUAACAUCUCUGACAUUCAAGAGCAGUUUAAUUUCUGGAUUUGUUUGAGCAUUUCAUUGCAUUUGGCUACAUAAGUGCAGUAAAUGCUCAGAGCAUGAUAUGAACAUACCUGGUAAGAGGGCUGCAUUGGGGUCGUGCUCGUGGAGGUAAAGUCUGCCUCCUGUUGGGUGUAGCUCGCUGUCGGAUGUCCCAGGAACUGCUGCAGGUUUUGGGGUUCCUGCACGGAUCCUGAUGCUUUCUGCUCUAGCACCUCCUCGCUGAGGCCAAGCUGCGCCGACAGGUAGGAGAUGUAGCGGAUGGUGAGGCGCAGAGUGUCAAUUUUGGUCAGGGCCUGCCCGGCUGGAGCCACUGUUUCAGGCAGGUAGUUCCUCAGGUGGUUCAGGGACUUGGUCAGAUCCCUCAUCCUAUGCUUCUCCCUGUCGCUGGCUGUCUGGCGCUUCUUGCCCGGGUAUCUGGACCUGGAUUUCUUUGUCGUGGAGGUAGGAAGAGUUUGGGCCUUUUGUUGAGGAACUGCUGGGCUCUUGAAGACGAAACAGUCCAAAGGGUUUGGCUCGUUCGUCUGGAAGGCGUUGGGGGAGAAGCAAAAGGAGUCCACAGAGGAUGUGGGAGAGAGGGAGCUUCCGGCGCUGAAGUACCCAGGAUCCGAAGCUGGAUCGAAGGCCAUAGGGUUGUAAGGUUGGUCCAUGAUGGAGUCAAAGAAGAAGGAGUUGUCCUGGAGCUGCAGAGGGGAGCAGUAGGAAACAUCCAUGGCUGCAGGAAAGGUUGUAGUUGGAGCAGUGAGUGUGUGUGUUGCUGGUGAGGCAGGCAGAGGUAGAGUGAGGAGCUGAGGGCUUUGGGCUCCAUAUAUGUGGAGGGAGGUGUGAGUUUGCACCUCCUGCGGCCACCUCGAGUCCUGAGAAGCUCAGCCAGCGGGCUGACACCUCGGCCGGGGGGUCUCAUGGGAAACAUGGCAGCUCCAGGACUGAAGUGUGACCCGGUGAUUCCGCACGGCCUCAUGAUGGAGAGGAAUUCACACCAUACACUCCUGCAGCCUGGGAACAAGAGAGGAGUUACACCUGAGGGCUGAGGCUGAACCCGAGGGAGGUUUUAUUAUAGGGAAGUAAAUUAAGGGAUGCGUGAUGCAAUGAAAGAGAAUGCAUAUUUCAGUCAUUUAAUCAGAGUGCUUUAUUUCAGUUUUGUGACAGUUGCUCCUUUUCAGAAUAAAGAAAUAAUAAAAUAAAAUAAACAAAAACAUGUUUUUAAAUAAAUGAAUGAUUAAAAAAUAAAUAAUAAAAAUGUCUCUUCAAAAAUAAGAGACUAAAGUAAAAUGUUUGCAUAAAAGUUCAAAAAUAAAAUAUAAAUAUCAAUUAUUUAAUGUAAUAAAAUAAAAAUACCUCUAGAAACAAAAGUUUAAAGUCAAAUAUGUGCGUAAUACUUGAAGUAAAAUAUAAAACUGUGUGCCUUUAAUUUAAUACAUAUAAUGAAAUAAAAACCCUCAAAUAAACGAUAAAAAGGGCAGACAAUUUAUUUGAUUUGAGGUGGUAUUUAUUUGUAUUUUUUGGGGGAGAAAAAGCAAGUAUUAAUUUAUUUCUAAAAUGAGGAAUAUUUUGUGUACUUUAUUGCUUUUUGUGUUGUCAUUAGCUCUGCUGUAUUUUUUUGUUUACUAGUUUUUAUUUUAUUUGGCAAAGUGAAGUUUUGUGACUGAAAUCAGAUACAUUUUCAAUUAAAAUCCAGAUCUGAAAUUGUGCUUGCAUUACAAAUUAAAACCCUUAAAGCGUGA